AUGUCCAACAGCAUCCCCUGGCUCGCCGCCCUAGCGGUGACCGCAUCCGCCAGAGAAAUCACCUUCCCACCCGUAUCUGGCAUCCAACAUCCAAUGGCCGGCGUCGACAUGAGCGCAAGCCCCAUCAAUCCCGGUCUCGACAUUUCAUCCGCUAUGUACGCUGGUCUAUCGACGUAUGCGAACCUGCCCUAUGUUCAUUGUUUGGCUGGGGAGGGCGAGGAAGUGGAGCCUUAUGAUAUUGCGAUUUUGGGGGCGCCGUUUGAUACGGGUGUUACUGCUCGUCCGGGUGCACGAUUCGGUCCAAAGGGCAUUCGUCAAGGGUCGACUCGUAUAUCUCCAGACUUCUCUUACUCGGUAUAUACUAGAAAGAACGCAUUUCAGCAAGGAUUGAGGGCGGUCGAUUGUGGCGAUGUACCGUUGACCUUUCUUGACAACACCAUCGCGUUGAAACAGCUUGACAAAGCUCACAAGAUUAUUUCAGGGCGGACUGCCAACGCCACAGCUUAUACCGUGCCUCGAAUCGUCACACUUGGUGGCGAUCACACAACAACGCUUUCAGCACUCCGGUCGACGUACAACCAUUGGGGAGAGGUGUCUGUGAUCCACUUCGACAGCCACUUGGACACCUGGGACCCAGACGUUCUAGGUGGUGGCCUCUCCCAUUAUGCGGGUAUCAACCAUGGCACAUUCUUGCACAUUGCCCACGAAGAAGGUCUUAUCCGCAACACGUCGAUGCACGCUGGUAUCCGAGCGCCCGUUUCGAACAAGAAGUACGACCUGAAGAACGACAAGGCUUGCGGGUUCCAUAUCCUCAAGGCCCGCGACCUUGACAAGAUCGGCACGGCUGGGUUCAUCGAGAAGCUCAAGGAGAGAGUGCAAGGCUCCAAGGUCUACAUUUCCGUCGACAUCGAUGUGCUUGAUCCUGCGUUCGCACCAGCUACGGGCACUGCUGAAGUUGGAGGUUGGACUACGAGAGAACUUCUUACGAUUCUGGAUGGCUUGACGGGCAUCGAGUUGAUUGGAGCAGAUGUCGUCGAAGUUGCACCGAUAUAUGACAAUCCUGGUGAAACAACACUACUUGCCGCCGCUGAAGUAGCCCAUUCUUUGAUCCAGCUAAUGGCUGACAAGCCGGUCAAAUCGUUGAAAGAUUGA